AUGAUAGUUUUUCGUAAUAAAUGCUUGCUAUGUUUAAUCAAAUGUCGUCAUCCAGAAUGUCCUGAACAAAUUGAUUGGCUCCGUGACGUCAUCUCGUGGUCGUCAUCCCUCCGCAGCGAGAUAUCAUCCCCAGCUGCCGCACGCUCAGCAGCAGCGGCACAUGCUCAGAGGGCGAAAAUAGACGCGCGCGACGACGGGUCCAAGGACGCGUUGGCCAGGGGGCAGAGUUUACUCGAUAAGGAACAUCCCAGCUCAGCGGAGAUCGAGGAGCGUUGCCGCACGGUAGUAGACGAGCUCGGUCGCCUCGCUAACGCGUGGGCCGAGCGGCAGGUGGCGUUGGACCAGCUGAUCGACUGGCGCUGCUUCCUGAGAGACGCCAAGCAACUGAAUGCUCUGUGUGCGGCGCAGGAGGCAGCACUCGCCACGGGGACACUACUACUGCAACAGAACCACGUGGAGAGCGAGAGAAUACAGGAGGAACUGGCCGCGGUCAAUGACCGGAGGAAGAAGCUGGACGUGGUUGUUGGAGUCCGUCGUGGAGCCCUACUCAGGGCGCGCCCUCGAGCUCAAUUCACACGAGACACCGCUGAAGCCAGGAGCUGGGUGGCCGAUAAGAUGGCGCAGCUGCAGCUCAUUACUGGUGAAGUGACGGACCUGGAACAGCUGGAACGAGAGUGGACGACGCUGGAGGACGCCGUGGAACAAAGAGGUCACGAUGUGAAGGUGGAUGACAACCACGUCAAGAGCGUGCAGGCCUUGGCUGACAAGCUGAUGCAGCAGGGUCCGACCCAACACGCUGUCAGCGUCGCGGCCCGUCGUGACGGCGUGCUGCUCAAGUGGCGCGCGCUCACGGGGGCCCUGCAGCGGUACAGGGAGAGGCUGGCGGCAGCAUUGCAGCUACACUCCUUCAAUAGGGACGUCCAAGAGACAUCAGAGCGUCUGUCCUGCAAGGCAGCCUUAUUCCGCAGCGAGGAGUGUGGCCGGGACCUUAGCGCGGCCCACGAGCUGAAGAGGAGGCUGGAAGCAGCUGUCCGAGAGGCAGGAGCUAUAAGGGAUUGGAUACAACAACUGAAGAACGAUGGAGCAGCGCUCGCGAGGAGAUGCAUCAAGGUUGGAGCAGCUGCAACAGCUGGCGGCCACGCGCGCUCCGACAUGCUAGUCGACGCUAUCAAGGAACACAAGUUUGAAGAGAACCUGAAAGAGACGGAGAAGCGCCUGGACCGCGCGGAGCCCGACAGCGUUACAGACGCCCAGGCACAGCUGGAACACCUGCACGAGACCAAGAUAAUACCCCCGGACCUAUUACCAUCCAUCUUUGAGAAUGCCCUCGAGAGUGAUGUGUUGUCAUCAGUACUGAGAACUGUUCACAACAAUAUGGACCGUUUCCCUCACUCUGUGGUCGCUUACCUAAAGAAUAUAUGUCGAGUGAAACGAUUCUCAGCUUUAGCUAUGUUCCUUAGCGCUAUAGACAAAGAAUGUAAGUAG